CCGGCGGAGGCGGACGGGGUUGCGGCGCGAAGGGCGGCGGGGCGGCCCCGGGCUGCAGCCGCGGAGGGACCGUGUCGCGGCCCGCUCGCUUCCUGGUGGCCGCGCUCCGCGUCCCUGGCGGCGUCUGCCAAGACAAAAGUCCCUAGUGCAUGUAAAAGUGAAGACCAAGCUGGACAGAAAGAGGACAGGAUAAAUUGUGAGCUGUUAAAUCUGAAUUCUACUCUGUUGCUAUUGCCAGUGCGUCAGAGAGGCUCAUCCCAUGGUGUCUGACAGAAGGACUGCAGGUGACAUAGUUGUCCUUUUACCUUGACUGAAGAGGAACCCUGUCCUCAGCUGAGAAUAUACCAGUACUCUCUGAGAAUUUUAAUGAUCUCUUCUGUGUCUGAGAGAUGUUAUGUUUUGAGGAAAAAUAUGGCUUUCAUACUAGAAAAGAACAAGCAGAAGUUGGAAGAAUUCUUGUGUUUCAGUACUGCCUUCUUUUGUGUGAUCCAUAUGAAGGAGUGUAGAGCAAAAGGCCUUUUAAUGCCUCGGAACUUAAAGUGAGCUCCUACGCUGUUGUAGACUGUGAUCAAGCAAGAAAGGAAGUCAGUGUCCGCACUGGGGGAAUGACAGAUAAGUCCUCAAGAAAGACUUACACGUUUGAUAUGGUUUUUGGAGCUCAGGCAAAGCAGAUUGAUGUGUACCGGAGUGUUGUGUGUCCCAUUUUGGAUGAAGUUAUUAUGGGCUACAACUGUACAGUGUUUGCUUAUGGCCAAACAGGUACUGGUAAGACCUUCACAAUGGAAGGGGAGCGGUCACCCAAUGAAGAAUAUACUUGGGAAGAGGAUCCCCUAGCAGGUAUCAUACCCCGUACAUUGCAUCAAAUAUUUGAAAAACUCACAGAGAAUGGUACUGAAUUUUCAGUGAAAGUCUCUCUUUUGGAAAUCUAUAAUGAGGAGCUUUUUGAUCUUCUGAAUCCUACUCCUGAUGUUGGAGAAAGACUGCAGAUGUUUGAUGAUCCUCGAAACAAGAGGGGUGUAAUUAUUAAAGGCUUGGAAGAAGUAACUGUACACAACAAAAAUCAAGUUUACCAAAUCCUGGAAAGGGGUGCAGCCAAAAGAACAACUGCAGCUACUUACAUGAAUGCAUAUUCCAGCCGUUCCCACUCUGUGUUUUCAAUUACCAUCCAUAUGAAAGAAACAACAGUGGAUGGAGAAGAACUUGUUAAAAUUGGAAAGCUAAACUUGGUUGAUCUUGCAGGAAGUGAAAACAUUGGUCGAUCUGGGGCUGUUGACAAAAGAGCUCGUGAAGCUGGAAAUAUCAACCAAUCUCUGCUGACCCUAGGAAGAGUUAUUACUGCUCUAGUGGAAAGAGCCCCUCAUAUUCCAUACAGGGAAUCUAAACUCACAAGAAUCCUUCAAGACUCUCUUGGAGGACGGACAAAAACAUCAAUAAUUGCCACAAUUUCGCCUGCAUCUGUAAAUCUUGAGGAAACAUUGAGUACACUGGAAUAUGCCCAUAGAGCAAAGAACAUCAUGAACAAGCCUGAAGUUAAUCAGAAACUAACAAAAAAAGCUCUUAUUAAGGAAUACACUGAAGAGAUUGAACGUCUGAAGCGAGACCUUGCUGCUGCUCGAGAAAAAAAUGGAAUCUAUAUUUCUGUUGAGAACUAUGAAGCCCUUAAUGGAAAGCUGACAGUUCAGGAAGAACAAAUUACAGAGUAUAUUGACAAAAUCAGUGUCAUGGAAGAAGAAAUGAAAAGGGUCACUGAACUAUUCAGAGUCAGUAAAAAUGAACUCGAACAGUGUAAAACAGAUUUGCAGAUCAAGGAGAAAGAACUGGAAGAAACACAAAAAGAUCUGCAAGAAACCAAGGUUCAGCUGGCUGAAGAGGAAUAUGUGGUUUCAGUUUUGGAAAAUACUGAACAAAAGCUUCUUGGCACAGCUAGCAAGUUACUAAGUACAGUUGAAGAAACUACAAGAGAUGUGUCUGGGCUCCAUGCGAAACUGGACCGUAAGAAAGCUGUUGAUCAGCACAAUGCUGUUGUCCAAAAUACAUUUGCAGGACAAAUGAACGCUUCAUUCAGCAAAAUACAAGAUUCAAUUACUGAAAACAGUUUAAAGCAGCAACAGAUGUUGACAUAUUACACAAAUUUUAUAGGUGACCUCCUGUCUACCAGUUCUUCUACAGCAGAUAUUCUUGCAUCAGUUGUAUCAGCAUCUUUUGCCUCUCUUAAAGACUUGGUGUCUACUGAAGUUUCUCACAUGUCUGAAAAAAUAACACAGCAUGAGAAUCUAUCGCUUGAUUGUAAAGCGGAGCUGCUGAGAUUAAUUGAGGAACAUGAAACUGGAUUAGGAAGAGCAGUAAAUAGUUUGACACCAAUGGUAGAAUUUGUCUUGGGUUUAAACUGUCAGUUCCAGAGUAACAUGAAGAAAUAUUCUGCUGUGGCUGACCAGAUGGAGGGCCAUAAAAAGGAAAUGGAUACCUUCUUCGGAGAUCUUUUUCUCACUCUGAAAAAAAUACAGGAACAAACAGCCACUGGCUUUGCUCAGCUCCAGCACAAUUGUGACAGUUUAAAAGAAGAAGUGGAAAUGAUGAGGUUGGCACAUAGAAAGAGUGCAGCCGAAUUGAUGUCUUCACUGCAAAGCCAGCUUGACCUUUUUACUCAGGAGACUCAGAAAAAUUUAACUGAUGUACUCACAAGAAAUGGAAGCCUGAAGACCACCAUCACUGCUAUGCAAGAAAACGUUCACCUGAAAACUACAGACUUAGUCAGCAGUACAAAUUUCAAUCACAGCAAAUUUACUGCAUCUCUGGAUAAUUUCUCUCAAGAGCUCAGGAGCAUAAAUGCUGAAAACAAGGCAAUGCUGGAAGAAUCCAAUGACCACUGUCAACAUCUUCUCAGCAAUCUCAAGAAUGUGUCUCAACAUACCAGUACAUGGGGUGAAUUUACAACUGCUCAGAUGGUCAACUUUACUAAUCAGCACCUGUUGUCAUUCAGGGAUGAGAAACAGCAAUUUCAGUAUUUACAAAAGAAAAAUGAAGAAAGCUGUGAUAAAGCAAUAGCUGAAAUUGCUGACCACAUUGGCAGACAAAAGGCUGCUGAGGGGAAAGUGCUAAAUGGCCUUCUGGAUCAGAUAAAGGUGGAUCAGGAGAUACUUGUGGAGCAGAAGCUGGCACUUCAGGAAGAAGUACAGCAUGGACUAACUCAGGUUAAUGGUUUCCUGCAAGAGGAUCUCAAACUGGAUGUUCCAACAGGGACAACUCCACAGAGAAAAGACUACUUCUAUCCUGUCACACUUGUGAGAACAGAGCCCCGGGAACUACUUCUGGAGCAAUUAAGGCAAAAGCAACCAAAUCUUGAUGCUAUGCUAAGCAGUGUGGUAAAAGAGAUGGAGGAUAAUGCAGGUCAGGACGUGCUGGAAGAGGAAGGAGAGUUGCGAGAACCCAGUGAAAGCCUUGCUUGUGACAAAUACUUAAUGGAUACAAAUGUAUAUUGCCACACAAAUGGUGGCAUUCCUUUUUUCCAGCACAAAAGAAGUCUCAAAAAGGGUAAAGAGAACAAAUCUGCAGCUCCAGUGGAGAACAAAAUGGAGGAUAUGACAGAAGAGUUUCUUCAGAAAUCAAAGCAUCCUUUAAGAUUGCUGAACUAAGAUAUAUCCUCUGCAGAUCCCUGUUUUCAGAUAUUUCUAUCUUAUUGUCUUACUGAGCCACAACUUUUUUUGGUAUUCUCAGUGUCUCUAUGUAGUGAUAUAGUGAUGCAAAGUUGAAUCAAAAUAUUUACCUACUCAAUCUCAUGCCUUGGUUCCGUUUUUAUAUGUUGCAGCUUGCAAAGUUUUAAGAAAAAAAAAACCCUGCAGAUUAUGGUGCUGUUAUAUUAAAUAUAUAUAUAUAUAUGUGGUCAAGCAAGAAAUUUUCUGUUUCUCAGUAGAUCUAAAAUACCAGAAAGGGAUGUGGAAAUAUGCUUUGUCAACAUGAUAAGUUACCAUUUUAUGUAUUAAUUAGCUGUAAAUAAGUGUUCUGGUUUUAUAACUGCUCUUUAUUCCAGUUUCUGUUUUUACUGUGAUACUUCAAAUAAAUUAAUACAUGGAAAAC